UUGCUGUGUCUCUAUCAAAUACAUAAAUAAAAUCUUAAAAAAAAAUAAAACCUUUGGAAACAAAAACAAAUUAUUGUCUAGAGUGAGCCAGGAAUAGAGUGCUGUCGUGGAAGAUACAGCAGUUGACUUAAAACAGCUUGCAGGAUUUCACUAGAAUAGUGUUUGGAGAAAGUAUCAUGGAAGUUCUGCGCCCACAGCUUGUAAGAAUUGGUGGACGGAUUUACAGAAAAAAUCCCAUCCAAGAACAGACUUAUCAACAUGAAGAAGAUGAUGAAGACUUCUAUCAAGGCUUUGUGGAGUGUGCAGAGGAGCCCUGUGAUGCCUACGAGGUGGUGCCGACCCAGCAAGGUUUCCGGUGUACCGUGAAGGCCCCCAGCUUGCUCUACAAGCACAUAGUUGGCAAAAGAGGAGACACUAGGAAGAAACUAGAAGUGGAAACCAAGACCUCUAUUAGCAUUCCUAAGCCUGGACAAGAAGGAGAAAUUGUAAUCACUGGCCAGCAUCGAAGUGGUGUAAUUUCAGCUCGAACUCGGAUUGAUGUUCUUUUGCUCACUUUUAGAAGAAAGCAACCUUUCACUCACUUCCUUGCCUUUUUCCUCAAUGAAGUUGAGGUUCAGGAGCGAUUCCUGAAGUUCCAGGAGGAAGUACUGGAGAAGUGCUCCAUGGAUCAUGGGGUUGAUAGCACCAUUUUCCAGAAUCCCAAAAAGCUUCACCUAACCAUUGGAAUGUUGGUGCUUUUGAGUGAGCAAGAGAUCCAGCAGACAUGUGAGAUGCUACAGCAGUGUAAAGAGGAAUUCAUUGAUGGCAUUUCUGGGGGGAAACCCCUAGAAGUAGAGAUGGCAGGCAUAGAAUACAUGAACGAUGAUCCUGGCAUGGUGGAUGUUCUUUAUGCCAAAGUCCAUAUGAAAGAUGGCUCCAACAGGCUGCAGGAAUUAGUCGAUCGAGUGCUGGAACGUUUUCAGGCAUCUGGACUAAUAGUGAAAGAGUGGAAUAGUGUGAAACUCCAUGCGACAGUGAUGAACACUCUAUUCAGGAAGGACCCCAAUGCUGAAGGCAGGUACAAUCUCUACACAGCAGAUGGCAAAUACAUCUUCAAGGAAAGAGAAUCAUUUGAUGGGCGAAACAUUUUAAAGCUGUUUGAGAACUUCUACUUUGGUACCCUGAAGCUUAAUUCAAUUCACAUCUCUCAGAGGUUCACAGUAGACAGCUUUGGAAACUACGCCUCCUGUGGGCAAAUUGACUUCUCCUGAGGUGGAUCUUGGGAAGCGCUAGAAGUUGAACAUCCUCACAAGGGUCUACCUUUCUUGCUGAAGUUCUUCUCUGGAAAUGUACGUCUCAAGCCCAUUGGAGCUGAGAUUCACGUUAUUUCUUAUACACCUACUGAUUUUGCUCCAGCCAUUAAAGUUUCAUAUUAAUACUUUAAAAGAGAAUUAAAGAUGUGGUUUUG